AUGGCUCCCACCAGCUUCCAAGAGCCUACAGACACCCAUAACCAUGAUCACCUCGUCAAAUCCACCGACAGCCAGCACCCCGCCAACCUGAUCUGUACUCUCUGCGAGAAAUUCUAUCACCUCGGCUGGGUUGCUGGAACGGGCGGGGGAACGAGCAUUCGUGACAAUGAUCUGGUUUACCUAGCUCCAUCCGGCGUCCAGAAGGAGCUGAUGAAACCCGAAGACAUCUACGUCCUCUCAAUCGCCCAGCAAAAGGAUCCGAAGAAUCGGAUAUACCUACGUGCCCCUCCCUCUCUCAAACCCUCGCAAUGCACGCCACUCUUCAUGGCAGCCUUCACGAAACGCAACGCCGGAUGCUGCAUCCAUACACACUCCCAAUGGGCCGUCCUGGUCACUCUCCUCCUCGAAACACGGCCAUUAAAUACCAAUAUCUUCGAAAUCAAUAACAUUGAGCAAAUCAAAGGCUUUGGAAAGGGCUUUCAGAAGCAGGGAAACUUGGGAUACCACGAUACGUUGAGGAUCCCGGUUAUUGAAAAUACACCGCAUGAAGAAGAUUUGACCGAGAGCUUGGAGACAGCCAUGGAUGAAUAUCCGGACACAUAUGCGGUGCUCGUCAGACGGCAUGGGCUUUAUGUCUGGGGCGAGACUGUGCACAAGGCGAAGACCCAGGCUGAGAGUCUGGACUACCUCUUCCAAUUGGCAGUUGAGAUGAAAAAAUUGGGCAUUCCUUGGUUGAGUGAUAUCGCUUGA